AUGGAAGAUAUUAGUCGGAACAAGUCUUCUGAGCCCUCCGUGCGAUACAUGGGUUGGAAGAUAAUGAGAGAACCAACUUCUCAACGCAAAGCCAAAGGAUCAAGCGGAUCGGAAAGAGCAGGGCCAACGAUUGGAGCUGGUACUGUUGAGCUCCCACCCAGAGGUGUGAACAGUAUGUCCAUGUUGUCAGAAUUUUCUCUUCAUACAGUUGCAAGCGGUGAACCAUUAGCUUACUGA